AUGGCAUCUCGAUUACCAGUUAUUCUCUGCGGCCGCACGACAGCGAUAGGGAAGCCGGUGUCUGAAGCUCUUCUGCCCGAAUAUGAGGUUAUCCACUUUUUCCAAACAAACGAAGAGAUUCAAGCCGAGCUUCCGGCCCUCCUCGCAGGCCGCAAGCCUCAGGCUGCUGCGUCUAAUGACAUCGGUUCACACGACUACACUCGACCUGCGCGGGCGGUCAUUUUCGGCCGGGGUUAUCAGAUGGAAGAGAUCGAGAAGUUCCGUAAGGCUGCGGCUGGCCAUUUCUCGGAGCCGAUUGCUUGGGUUAUAAGUGAUCCGGCGAAUGUUCAGUCGGGUGGCCCGCCCUCCCGCCGGGGUAUGCGAAUAAGGUGA